GAAAACUUAUUAUCAGUAGAUGCUUUGCUUGUGUAACAUAGUCUUAUAGCUAUAUAUAUAUUAUACUGAACUCUAUAGUCUGGAGUACUGUGUAUAUAUAUAUACUAUACUGUAUAGUCUGGAGUAGCUGAUAGUAGGGUGCAAAUUAUUGCUAGUAAAAGAAGGAAAAAUUGUGUUUGUUUUCUGGAGUCAGGUGCUGGGACAAAUUCUGACAUUACUACAAAUAUUUAACUGAAUUUUUUUGCCGUUGGUGAAGAGAAUACUCAAAUGGCUGAGAGGAUUCCCUGGUGGAAGGCCUUCACUGGGAGGGUGCUGAGCAACAUCCUUAAAGACGCUGCUGUUCAACAAGAUCAAGGCUCAGACAGCAAAACCUCGGGCUUCCAGAGCGAUGGAUUUGACGCCUCACAGCUGGAACCUGCCUUAAUCGAGAACACGUUCAGCCGCAACCUUUCCGUCUCACGCUCGGGCCGCUACAAGGAAAAACGCAAGGUCCGAGCCACUCUGCCCACCAACAAGAACCUUUACGAAAGCAACACAGCCGUGGCCAAGUAGGCAUGCUGAAAUCCUAACAUCUACCACAGACACUGAUUACAAAGGAUCUCUUUGGUCGGUCAUUGAUGCUAAUGCUGCUUACAGUGGCUGAAGCUAACACAGUGAGCGUUCAAACAAUGCAAACAAUUUAAAACAUAUUUUGUUAAUUAGGGUUAUUAGGGUUAAUUACAUAGGUUGGUCAGUAAAGCUAAAUGCCCUCAGCUCUGAGAACAUGUAAAAGUUUAUUCAUAGCUACACUGUAUUUUCCUUGUCACCAGGAAUGGUAGCUUUUUAUUUUACCUGGAAUUGUGGAUAUAAAACAUUUAAGUUGCAUAAUUGGACUGAUUACAUUUAAGAGCAGACCUAAAGCUUUAAAGUUUCAGUUUUUCCUGAGAUUGAACUGGCUGCGCAUCUAUCCCUAACUCCUGUACAACAGUUCUUUUUGUGUGUGUGUGUGUGUGUGUGUGUGUGUGUGUGUGUGUGUGUGUGUGUGUGUGUGUGUGUGUGUGUGUGUGUGUGAGCGAGCACGUGCAUGCAUGCUUGUGCAUGGUCCAUUAUGAUGUCUCGUGUUAAUGUGGUAAAUAUUAAUACAAUGUUUAUUUUAUUGAUAUGAAGGGCCACUUAUUUAUUAUCUAAAUUGUACCGUUUCAGUGCUUUUGUAGCUGUUUGUAUGAAGGAUUUUUACAUACAGUUAUACAUGAAUGUAAAUUAAACUAAAUGUUUUUGUAGUCUGACUUCGUCGAAUGAUAUACUUUCAAGAGCCAUGCAGGGGAUAUCCCUCUGUCAUGUCUGUUCUGAAUGGGAUCAUUUUUGCACUAAUGGAUUUUGUAGGAUUAUAACAUUCAGCAUUCAUGUUAAAAAUAUUUAUACAUUUAUUAUAUGGAUGUAUGACAAGGUCAUGCAGACAUAAACCAGUCCACAUAUUACUUGAGUGUUGUUUAUAAGGACUUCUACUUUAAAGACACAUUGUGUGUAAUGGCAGGUUGUGUAACAUUUAGAAAUGGAUGGAAUGUUAUGUUUAAAAGUUGAAAUAGAAGUGCGCCGUAGACGAGAUCAUACUGAUGCCUUACUAUCAUCUUGUUUAUCACUGUUAUCAGUAGAUCACUGUUUCCUUCCCAUUUUCACUGAGGUUGACAGUAAAUAAACUACCAAAGAGUUUUUUUUAA